AAGCUCAGAAAAAAUUGGCCAACCGCUAACGUGAACCAACAUUGUUUAUGGCAAUGCGAUACCGCGCUCCCUCCCCCACAGGGAGUGAAUUCGAGUUCGAUAUCUCCAACGCCCUCGCUGAUGCAGAUUUCCUAGGCUCAGAUGGCGAGAACCCCACUACAGCCGCUUCAAAAUCAGCCAACAACCCACUGGACAUCAAUGACAUUCUUGAGGCAAGCGACGACAGCGAUGGCGAUCAAGCCUUCAUCGCUGCCCAGCAAGCCGCAUCAAACCGCAAAGGUGGCUCAACAAUAAAAGGCAAAUCUGUCAAAAAAGGCGGCGGUUUCCAAUCCAUGGGACUGAACAUGACUCUUCUCAGGGCGAUCACAAAAAAGGGCUUCUCUGUUCCCACGCCUAUUCAGAGAAAAGCCAUACCUUUAGUGCUUGAUGGGGUGGACGUGGUUGGCAUGGCAAGGACAGGUAGCGGGAAGACAGCGGCGUUUGUCAUACCCAUGAUUGAGAGGUUGAAGACCCAUAGCGUCAAGGUCGGGAUGAGGGCGCUUGUGCUAUCACCGAGUAGAGAGUUGGCGUUGCAGACUAUGAAGGUCGUAAAGGAGUUUGGGAGGGGUACGGAUUUGAAGGUUGUACUGUUGGUUGGAGGGGACAGUCUUGAGGAGCAGUUUGGGUAUAUGGCCGGGAAUCCGGACAUGUGUGUCCUCUCUCCUUCUUCUCUCCCUCGGUUAAUCCUUGAGGUUUUCAUGUCUGACUGGUGAAUUGCAGUGUUAUUGCGACGCCCGGACGAUUUAUGCACUUGAAAGUUGAGAUGGAACUGGAUCUUAGGUCUGUUCAAUAUGUUGUCUUUGACGAAGCAGAUCGUCUGUUCGAAAUGGGUUUCUCGGCGCAAUUGACGGAGAUUUUGCAUUCAUUGCCACCUAAUCGGCAAACGCUGCUUUUCUCCGCUACGCUCCCGAAGUCGCUUGUUGAAUUUGCGAAGGCCGGCUUGCAAGAGCCGAACCUGAUUCGAUUGGAUGCAGACUCCAAGAUUUCCCAGGAUCUUGAGUGUGCAUUUUUCACGGUGAAGAAUAGCGAGAAGGAGGGCGCUUUAUUACAUCUCUUACAAGACGUGAUUCAGAUUCCUAAGGGCGCCCCUCCCAAGGAUGAAUACACUGCAGCCGACGCCUCAGACGAGGGGGAUAAUGGGGGGGGGGGAUCUCAUAAGGGCAAAAAGAGAAAGCGCACACAUCAAUUUCACGAAACUGCCUCCACUCAUUCUACAAUCAUAUUCGCCGCGACUAAGCAUCAUGUGGAGUACCUCGCACAGCUGAUUACCCAGGCUGGAUUCCCGGUUUCAUACGUUUAUGGUACACUCGACCAAGUCGCGCGUAGGAAUCAAGUUGCUCGCUUUCGUACUGGGGAGACAUCUAUAUUGGUCGUUACGGAUGUGGCGGCAAGAGGAAUCGAUAUCCCUCUGUUAUCGAAUGUGAUCAACUAUGACUUCCCACCGCAGCCAAAGGUUUUCGUGCAUCGAGUUGGAAGAACUGCAAGAGCUGGAAGGAGGGGAUGGGCAUACAGUUUUGUCAGGGCCGAAGAUGCGCCUUACCUUCUUGAUUUACAGCUGUUCUUGGGAAAGAAGCUUGUCCUUUCGAAGGGCGGGUCGGUGGAGGACUUCGACUUUGCUUCCGAUAUCAUUGUUGGGGGCUUGAUACGGGACUCGGUUGAACGCUGCAUAGAGUGGAUCAACGUGCUCUUAUCAAAAGAUAGUGAACUCGCGAGCUUGAGAAGCGUUAGCGCGAAGGGUGAAAAGCUCUACCAGAGGACAAAAACCGCUGCAUCGGCGGAAUCAGCCAAGCGCGCUCGGGAGAUCGUUGCACAAAAAGGGUGGUCAACCACCAACCCGCUAUUCGCGGAUGAUGCCAACGAUGCAGAAGCAGAGAGAGCAAAGAUGCUAGCCCGUGUGGCCAAUUUCCGACCCUCAGAGACCAUCUUCGAAAUCGGCCAGCGGGGGCUAAACAAGUCCGAAGCAGCAUCAGUAAUGAAAACCCGCCGUGCAAAGAUCAAGAUCGACCCCAGCAAGAGAAGGGGUGGAGCUAACCUCUCCGGUGAUGAAGAUACGAUUGGACCUACUGCUGAAGGCGGCGACAGAGAUAUAGAAGGAAUAGAAGCAAACAUGGACUCGGCUUCAGAUGCGGACCUGGACUCAACCUUCACAAAGCCCGCUAACCGUCGAGCCAAGAGAAAGGCCACAAUGAGCAGCUUCACUGACACAGAACACUACAUGUCAUAUUCCCCCAGCAUCUCCCUAGCAGAAGACCGUGGAUACAGCAUAUCCUCCUCCUUCGCGGAAGCGGCCAGAAACGCAACCAUGGAUUUAACAAACGACGACAGUGGGGGAAAGGGUUUCGCAGAAGCCCACAAAGCGAAGGGAAUGCGGUGGGACAAGAAAUCAAAGAAGUACGUCCGGCGUGCAAACGAUGAAGACGGGUCCAAAGGCGCAAAAAUGAUCAUCGGUGAAUCGGGCCAGAAGAUCGCCGCCUCUUUCAAGUCCGGUCGCUUCGCCGCGUGGAAGUCGGCCCACAAGGUCGGCAAGCUACCGCGUGUCGGUGGGAUGGAGGACAAGAGCCGGUUCAGUGGACCUGGGUGUGGGGGAAGAAUGGGCGGGAGAUUUGGUGGGAGAAUGUUUCAUAAGGGUGUUCAGGCUCCCAAAGCUGCGGAUAAGGCGCGGGAUGAUUACCAUGUGCGGAAGAGGAGGUUUGAGGAGGCGAAGGAGAAGGGGUUGGUUAAGGGGGCGGUGAGGAGCGAGAUCAAGACCAAGGAGCAGAUCAGGAAAGAGGUGAAGUUGAAGAAUCGGAGGAGGGACAAGAGCAACCGGCCAUCAAAGCGGUAGAAAUGGUCUUUCACAUUGCCCAUGUUGGAUAUGUAUGUAUAGUAGUUGGGAUCAAAAAGUCUUCUAGAUGUAUGAUACCGGUAUAUGGUUCAGUGUCGGGCCGUAGAUUGGUACUUGCAGGCUUCAAUGCAACUGUUGCAUCUC